GAGGAACCUCCUAACUAACGACUUAGCCGAGAGGAGAGGGAGGAAGAAGAAGAGAGACAAUAGCAAUUCAUAGUAGUCCGGUUACACUGAAACGGCAUUCAAUUCGAACCUUUUUCAUGAUAUUCUGGAGCAUCACAGUUAAUGGCUUCUUGGCUCAAAGCUGCUGAAGAUUUGUUUGAAGUCGUAGAUCGAAGAGCAAAGCUUGUUGCCAACGAGAAGUCAAAUGAGCAUUCUAGUUUGCAGUUGCCAGCUUCCAAUGGAGAAGGAUCUCAAGCAAAGAGAACAAGACGAAAAGAGAAGUUUCAAAGGAGACUCUCCUUGAAUGAAACUCCUACAACAACUAAAACUUCACAAUUACAAUUGGAUGUGCCAUCUGACAAAGAGAGGGCUUCAUUGCCAAUUGAAAAUAAUGAGAUCAGUCCUAGUAGUUCUACUGCUCAUAUUGGGAAUGAGGAGCAAGACAAUGUUGAUGGAGAUGGAUCCAUAUCAGGCACUCCUUUGUCUGGGACAAUUGGUAAUGAUGAGGCAAAACAUGAUGCAAAUAAUGCAGAAGUUGUGGCUACUGUUAGUAAUACAGAAGGUGUUGCUUCAACUUCAAAUGGUGUGCUUGUCAAUGAGAAUUCUUCAGAUGUUCUUGAGGGGGUUCCUUCUUCUCCACCCACUGCCAAAGGUGUUGAGGUAGUUCAUGAAGAUCGUCCUGUUGAUUCUGACCAAAAUAUCAUGUUGGAAGGCAUGGGAACCUCUACAGGGAUUGAGUGGGAUGGAUCACAAUCUGGUAAGUCGGGUGCACCUGGCAGAGAUGAUUCACAAUUGAAAGAUGCUGAUUUGAAGUUUGAACAUCAUUCUGAUCAGAGGAAGCAACAAGAGCAUAAAGCUGAUAAUUCUCCCACAAAAGUACAAGACCAACUUGAUGAGGCUCAAGGACUGCUCAAAAGUGCAAUUUCUACAGGCCAGUCAAAAGAGGCGAGGUUAGCUCGGGUUUGUGCUGGACUUUCAUCACGUCUUCAAGAGUACAAAUCUGAAAAUGAUCAGUUAGAGGAGCUUCUUGUGGCAGAGAGAGAGCUGAGCAAAUCAUGUGAGGCUCGCAUAAAGCAGCUACAGAAAGAUUUGUCUAUGUCCAAAAGUGAGGUGGCCAAGGUGGAGUCUAAUAUGGCUAAGGCUUUGGCUGCGAAAAACUCUGAAAUUGAGGCACUUGUCAGUUCUUUGGAUGCACUUAAGAAACAGGCUGCUUUAUCUGAAGGAAAUCUGGGGUCACUGCAGGCAAACAUGGAGUCGAUAUUGAGAAAUAGAGAGCUAACAGAGACGAGGAUGAUGCAAGCUCUAAGGGAGGAGCUUACUUCUGCAGAACGGAGGGCAGAAGAAGAGCAUGCUGCACACAACACUACCAAGAUGGCUGCUAUGGAAAGGGAAGUAGAAUUGGAGCACCGAGCUAUUGAGACAUCACAGGCUCUAGCCCGAGCGCAGAGAACAGCUGACGAGAGAACUGCAAAGGCGGCAGAGCUUGAGCAGAAGGUGGCACUGCUUGAGGUUGAGUGUGCAUCUUUAAAUCAAGAGUUGCAAGAUAUGGAAGCUCGUGUUCGCCGUGGACAAAUGAAGUCCUCUGAAGAUGCAAAUCAAGCGAUUCAGGCAUGGCAGGAAGAAGUAGAGCGUGCGCGCCAAGGUCAGAGAGAGACUGAAAACAAGCUUUCUUGCAUGGAGGCUGAAGUGCAGAAAAUGAGAGUUGAAAUGGCUGCAAUGAAGAGGGAUGCUGAGCAUUACUCACGUCAGGAGCAUAUGGAUUUGGAGAAACGCUAUCGUGAACUAACUGAUUUAUUGUAUUACAAGCAAACACAAUUGGAAGCCAUGGCUAGUGAAAAAGCUGCAGCAGAGUUUCAAUUAGAGAAGGAGAUAAAGCGCCUUCAAGAAGCACAGGCAGAAGCUGAAAGGAACAAAGCAUCUCGCCGAGCAUCAUCAUCAUGGGAGGAAGACACUGACAUGAAAACACUUGAGCCACUCCCCUUGCAUCACCGUCAUAUGGUUGGGGCAACCGUCCAGUUGCAGAAAGCUGCAAAACUUUUGGAUUCUGGGGCUGUCAGGGCGACGCGAUUUCUUUGGCGGUAUCCAACUGCUAGAGUGCUCCUGCUUUUUUAUCUGGUAUUUGUGCAUCUCUUCUUGAUGUAUCUGUUGCAUCGCCUUCAGGAGCAAGAUGACAGUUUUGCCUCUAGAGAAGUUGCGGAAUCUAUGGGACUUGCCAGUCAUGCUUUUCCAUGAUAGCCUUGCUGCUGCAAGCCUCGCAUAAUUGUAUCCUCAUCGCUGAAUUGCUGCGAGUGAAAGCUGCAAAAAUCUCAAUUCUAUACUAGCAUGAAUGUGUGCGCCAGCUGAGUUAAGAAUGCACAAACAAAGGGAAACUGGAUGUUUUGCUUUUCAGUAUAUUUACACCUUAUCAUUGUUAUUUACCAUUGGUCGACUACUCGAUAACUAUAGUCCUUCCGGGAGUUGGGAAAAAGCUAGCUAAGCUUAUAUGCUGGAUGCAACUCAUUCAUCAUGCAGCGGUGAGAAUUAAGCGUCAAUACGUUUCUUUUGUUGCAAAAAUUUGGUGUGCUUUUGACAAUGGACAAGUAAGCCUGGAGUGGGAGAUGAUGUAGCAGCUGCCAUGUUGCCAAUACUAACAUACAAGUAGUGAAUAUAAGUUGAGCAGAAAAUUUACUUUUUGACUCAUUUUUUCUUGUAAAUGUGAAGAGGAUUUUCAAUUGAUGCAUUUUAAGUAAUAUGUUGGUAUCUCUUAACUCUAUGUUGUUGUGCACACAUUAAAAGUUGUUUGCUAUGGAGCUUCCUCGGCAUGUGGCA